AGAUCAAUACUUUACCAAAAGCUUACACAGCAGCACAUAGCUUUUAGCAGAAAUAUGUAGAUAGUCACCGUGGAUAGAGAGAAAACAAAAAUAACGACUUUAUUCAACAAUUUCUUUUCUUCCAUGUAAGAAAUUAUAGUUUGCCUCGACCCAGCUUCCACUCCACAAUAUGUUUGAUCAUGCUCAUUUCCCAAAAUGGCUUAAUUAUUAUAGAAAAGAAGAAAGUCAACAGUUAUGUUGUUUGUAGACCAUUUGGGAUGAUCACAUCCUGAGCAAAUGGUCACCAAUUGUAGAAUGGGUGCGGGUGUGGGACACCGAGAACUACUUCAGACAAAGGGGUGUCAGAACUUAAUUAACAUACAGACCACAGCUGUAAAAACAGGAGCAACUGUAACUGUAUAAAAGGUUUGUGCUUAGGAUAUUCUGGGUUCAUUCCGAUCUCCGCUGAACCCAAGGUACUACAUGUGCUUUGUCACUGCUAUGCUGCAAUAAACAUCUUCAUCGAGAUCUUCAACGUCCUCAUCACUUUUUCUUACAUUGGCGAGCCACCCAGCGAGGGUUUUCCGAAAAAAGCAGGGAAAGGUGAGAAAAGCGGUUUCUUUAUUAUAUGCUGUUUUUGUCAGGGAACCCCCUCGUUUUAAAAAAAAUCUAGAAAAGAAAUUGUAAGGACAGAAGAGAAUUUGGUUUAGUCAGUAUUAGCAGGAGGAGUUCUUAAGCCUAUUCUGUACAAAUUCUGUUUAAGAUUCAAACGGAACUGAAUCAGCCCGACGCACUGUGGUAGCAGAGUUGUAUUUGAAUUGUUGUUUCUAAAGGAACUGAAGCAAAGUGCUUAAGUCAAAGUUUCUAAAGUAACUGAAACUUGUUGUUGGUCUCUUAUAAUUCUGUUAAGAUUCUAAAGUAAUUGAAUCAACCCAAUGCAGUGUGGUGGCAGAGUUGUAUUAGCUCUGUUGUGUCUAAAAUUGUAAGUUUCUAACGUAACUGAAACUGACCGUAAAGUUGUGAUAAUUCUGAUGAAAUUCUAAAGUAACUGAAUCGACCCGAUGCAGUGUGGUCACAGAAUUAUUUCAUAACUGUUGUGUGUUAUAGUGUAGUGAGUCUGACGCAACGUGACUCUGUGAAGUUUAAAGCCCAAAAACAGUGUUAAUUUGCCCGAUGUACUGUGGCCAAGUAAACUGUUUUAAAAAUAUAACAUAAAACCCGAAGUAGUGUGGUUUUGUCCAACUUACUGUGACAGUGUUGCAUUUUUAACGGUUUAAUGUAAGGCCCGACGGAGUGUGGCCAAUUGCGAAGAAGUUAAAAUUUUGGUUUAGAAGCCCGGCGUAGUGUGGCUGUUUUAUUCAUUUGCGUCCAAACCAAAGUUGUGAAUAAUUUGACUGACAGGUAUCUUAAAGUAACUAGAUAAUGUUCAAUUAGUGAAGGAAAAUAAGCCUACUGAAUUGCUGAAGACAAUUUAAUAAGAUUGUGAAAAUGGAAGAGCUGAUAGUUAAAUACAUCGCUAAGCACAGCUCUGUAGGAAUGUUUGAUGGGAUAGAGAAUGCAGACGACCCCUACGAGGAAAAGUUGCUAAUGCACUUCAAGCUAUUUUUGCCUCAUACAAGGUAACUAAGAAAAGAUUAGAGGAAAUGAAAACUGAAAACAAGUUACUAAAUUCUCAAGUCAACGACAAUGUCUUCUCAUUGAGAAAUUGCGAGGCUGAAGAGAUCAUUCUGAAGGAACAGAUAGUGAAAUUGAGAAAAUAAAUUUCAAAGUCCGAAACAGAGAGGGAAACAUUUAGAUGUUUGUAUGAAGGGACAGCUAGACAGUUGAUACAUGCCCAAUCCAAUUCUGAAUAUGAUGAGAAUAACUGCAAGGAAGCCUUUAGUCAACGACAUUAUUCUUCAGAUGAUUCUGUAAGGUUCCCAGUAGCACCAGUGCGAACAAGACAGAAUAGAAAUGGAAAUGGAAAUGAGAGGAUUCUUGAUCAACGAACUGGAAAUGGCCAAGCUGUUAGACAGCUGUCUUUUAUGGACUUUCAAAGUCUUAUUACAGCAGUGGGUACUUUUGACCCUGAUAACAUGGAUCCUGUAGAGUUCUUGUCAAAACUGGAGAAGGUAGUGGAUGUUUAUAGUGUGUCAGAUGAAGAUGCUUGUAGACUUCUCAUGAUCUGCAUUCCUCUCUCAUUAACUAGUGUUCUCUCACAGGAAGUUCGUGAAAAAAGAGCAGACAGAGGGGCAAGGAGAGAAGCUCUGCUUAGACUUGCUGGGACUGAUUUGGUUAACUUGAGAAAGAUAACUGAGGUGACAAUGGAAAUUGGAGAGCAUCCUCUAGCAUUUGCGUCCAGGUUGUGGGAAAUGUUUAGCUGUUACAGUGGUUUGCCCAAUGCAGCUAAACAAAAUCUCAUGUUUAAGUCUGCAUUAAUUGCACAGAGCAGUUCACACAUGCGAGAAGCCAUUGCUCUGCAUGUAGAUGUAAAUACACCAUAUGAGCAAAUAAUUUCCAAAAUGACACAGCAUUUCAAUGCAAGAAGUCAAAUGAAAGCUGCAGAAUCUAGACAUCCAGUCGCUGCCUUUGGCAAGAGAAAAUGUUCUAGAUUAUCUAAUGGUUUCCAUCAGAGAACAUGGAGAUUUGAAAGAGUAAAUUCAGAAGGUGAUUCUCUCUGUUAUGCAUGUGGAAAAGCUGGUCACAUUGCCAGGCAUUGUCAAGACAAUGUGAGACCUCAUCAAAGCGUUGUCUGUCAUGCAUGUGGAAAGGAUGGUCACAUAGCAAGGCAUUGUUUGGAGAAAGGUAGGAAAGAUCAGGAAGUUGUUUGUUUUGCUUGUGGAAGGAUGGGACACAAGGCAAGACAGUGUCACUUUUCACACAAAAGAAAGAUGGGCUAUCGUGAUUUGCUUAAGAAGAUAGGCAGUUUAGAAACCCAGUUGGCACUGUUGAAAGGAAAUAAGGAAGAAGCCGUUCACACCUUGCAAGACACAGCACUGCAGGAACAACAUGACUGUAGUUCAGUCACAAGCAGAUGCUGAUGUGAAUUGGAGGAAUUGUUUUAUGAUAGUAUUAUAUUUUAGAAAAAUAUGUUUACUAUCAAAAAGGGGGGUGAUUCUUUAUAAUUUAUGAUAAAUGUGUUAAUGGCAUUGAUGUUUAAAUGUAAUUUAUGAUAAAUGAGUUAAUUGCAUUCUGUGAUUUACAUUUCUGUAACAAUGAUGUUUUAAAUGUGAAAAGAUUCUUGUGGGGGAAAGGGGGGGCAACCUCUUCUUUUUAAUCUUGUUUCAGGUAUAUGCUUGUUUGAAACGUGUAACGUGGAGAAAGAUGAUCCGGUCAUCUGAAGGACAAGAAGGUCAGCAGAACUAGUGGAGCCAGGGGACUUCCACAAGAAAAAAAAAAAAAAAGACUUCUUAAAGAACAGAAUGAUCAUCAGAACCAGAAAUUAUGAGAUUUCCAGACCUACAAGAUUCAGAACUCCAAGUCUAAAAGAUUUAGAAACCCUGAGACCCACCAUGGGAUGGAUGGACCUGAUGGAAUGGCAAAGACUGGAAAAAUGGCAUUGACUGCUUCUUCUAGAAGGACUUUUUCAAAGUGAAAAGAAUAAACAAUGGAAAAGAAAAAACAAGGAGAGAUCAAACCAUUUCAGAGACUAUUGACAGCAGUCGUUCCACCAAGAUGGAAAACAAGUGGGCAAAGGACAUAUUACCCACACAAAGAAAUGCACAAAGACACAGACUCACUGCACAUGACACUAGAAAGACACAAAUAUAUGCAUACUCAAAUGCAGAAAAUAUAUUAUUGUCUAGUGAAUGCACACAUGUGGACAAAGGAUGUUCACAUUCAUAAAAGGGACAGAACACACGUGAAGAAAACAGUACAUGCAAACACACACACACACACACACACACAAUGUUGCCUGUUGAUUGAUGUUUUUGCUCCUUUGGCUUUUGGCUAUCUGUACUGUCAUAAUGUUUAGUACAUUUAGAAAAUCCCUUUUGCUGUUAUGGUUCUCACGUGCUCCUCACCCAAACCCAAAAGAAAUGUUUGUAUGUCAUUUUGCCAAAUUUGAGAAAAGUCUCUAUGAUAAAUUUUGCUUAAUUGGAUGGAGCGAUAACCAGUGUGCAUGAGGUGAUGACCCAAUGACGGGUAAGACAGGGCUUCACCGCCACUGGGCACCUACCCAGGAAGGGAGGUGUAAUCUGUGUAAGGGAGUGGAUGUGAUGCUUCUUUUGGGCCAAGAGCAUCAAAGAGGGGACUGUAAGAAAUUAUAGUCUGCCUCGACCCAGCUUCCACUCCACAAUAUGUUUGAUCAUGCUCAUUUCCCAAAAUGGCUUAAUUAUUAUAGAAAAGAAGAAAGUCAACAGUUAUGUUGUUUGUAGACCAUUUGGGAUGAUCACAUCCUGAGCAAAUGGUCACCAAUUGUAGAAUGGGUGCGGGUGUGGGACACCGAGAACUACUUCAGACAAAGGGGUGUCAGAACUUAAUUAACAUACAGACCACAGCUGUAAAAACAGGAGCAACUGUAACUGUAUAAAAGGUUUGUGCUUAGGAUAUUCUGGGUUCAUUCCGACUCCGCUGAACCCAAGGUACUACAUGUGCUUUGUCACUGCUAUGCUGCAAUAAACAUCUUCAUCGAGAU